CUGCAGGCUCCAGACAAGAGGAAAGCACUAGAAGAGACCAAGGCCUACACCACCCAGUCCUUGGCUAGCGUCGCCUACCAGAUCAAUGCAUUGGCCAACAAUGUGCUGCAGCUGCUCGACAUCCAAGCCUCCCAGUUGCGGAGGAUGGAAUCGUCCAUUAAUCACAUCUCCCAGACGGUGGACAUCCACAAAGAGAAGGUGGCUCGCAGAGAGAUUGGUAUCCUAACAACCAACAAGAACACGGCAAGGAGUCAUAAAAUUAUAGCUCCAGCCAACAUUGAGCGUCCCGUCAGGUACAUACGAAAACCCAUAGACUACAUGGUGCUGGAUGAUGUAGGCCAUGGAGUGAAGUGGCUAAAAGCCAAGCAUGGAGGAAACCAGGCAGCAAGGACUGGCACUUUGACUCGAACAAAUCCACCUACCCAGAAGCCACCCAGUCCACCGAUGCCAGGACGGGGUACAUUGGGGAGAAAUACCCCGUACAAAACUCUGGAGCCCGUUAAACCUCCAACGGUUCCAAAUGAUUACAUGACCAGUCCAGCAAGGCUCGGAAGUCAGCACAGUCCUGGUAGAACUGCUUCUUUGAACCAGAGGCCAAGAACGCACAGUGGCAGCAGUGGAGGGAGUGGCAGUCGAGAAAACAGUGGCAGUAGCAGUAUUGGCAUUCCAAUUGCUGUUCCUACACCUUCCCCACCAACUGUUGGACCAGUUGGUGGUGGCUCGGCUCCAGGCUCCCAGUUUGGCUCAAUGGCAAGGCAGAUCUCUCGGCACAACUCCAAUACAUCCUCUGCUUCCUCCGGAGGAUACAGGCGGACCCCCUCUGUGACUUCCCAGUUUUCUGGACAACCUCAUAUCAAUGGCGGGCCUUUGUAUUCACAGAACUCAAUUUCUAUCGCUUCUCCCCCCCCUCCCCCAAUGCCUCAAAUGACUCCACAGAUACCUCUCACAGGCUUCGUGGCCAGGGUGCAGGAAAACAUUGCAGAUAGCCCCACUCCUCCACCCCCGCCCCCACCUGACGAGAUCCCAAUGUAUGAUGAAUCUCCUCCCCCUCCACCACCACCUCCGGUGGACUAUGAGGAUGAAGAGGCUGCUGUGGUUCAGUACAAUGAUCCAUAUGCUGAUGGAGACCCUGUAUGGGCCCCCAAGUCCUAUAUUGAGAAAGUUGUUGCUAUCUAUGACUACGCAAAGGACAAAGAAGAUGAGCUG